GCCCCUGUGGCAGAGCUCCAUGACCUGUUCUGUAAGAAGCUGCAGCAGUGCUGCGUCCUCUUUGACUUCCUGGACUGUGUGGCAGACCUGAAGGGGAAAGAGAUCAAACGAGCUGCGCUCAACGAACUGGUGGAGUCUGUUGCUACAAGCAGAGGAGUUCUGAUAGAGCCACUCUACCCAGAGGCUAUUAAGAUGGUGAGAGAGAUGGAGAGAGGGAGGGAGGGGGAGGCGGUAGGGAGAAGAGAGUGUGAGAGGAGAGAGGGAUGGAGGGAGGGAGAGGGGGGAGAAUAGGAGAGGAAAGGGGGUGGAGAAGGGAUAGAGAGGAGUAGAAGAUUGGAGAAAGGGAGAGAUGGAGGGAUGAGAGGAGGUGGGGAGAUGUAAAGACCUCUUCAACUGGAGUGUAAACUAAAAUAAAGGAUUGGUUGAAGGAGAGAGAAAGAGGGAGGAGAGGAAGAGAGGGACAGGACAAAGGAAAUAGAUAGAUAGCGUUUGAGAAAAGAGAAAGGGUUAUGAAGUUUCUAUUCUCUUAUUUUUCCUCCUUUUCCUUUCCUCCUCCCUCCACCUCUCCUCUCUCCACCUCUCCACCUCUCCACCUCUCAUCUCGUCUCCUCUCCUCUCCUCCUUCCAUCCCUCCAUCACUCUAUCCUCUUUUAGAUCUCAGUGAAUAUCUUCAGGACGUUACCUCCCAGUGAGAACCCAGAGUUUGACCCGGAGGAGGAUGAACCCACUCUAGAGGCCUCCUGGCCACACCUGCAGGUACACGCAUGCACACACACACACACACACACACACACACACACACACACACACACACACACACACACACACACACACACACACACACACACAAACACGGGCAGUCAUACGAUUAGUAACAGACUUGAAAUCUAUAUCUGUGAAGAUGAUUCCAUGUAUCAUCCUCAGUCUUAACUCUGUCUUAACUGUGUGUGUGUGUGUGUGUUCUCUGUGUGUCUGUUUUCUCAGCUGGUGUAUGAGUUCUUUCUGCGUUUCCUGGAGAGCCCAGACUUCCAGCCCUCCAUGGCCAAACGCUAUGUCGACCAGAAGUUUGUUCUUCAGGUAAAAAGCUAUUUCUUCUGUCUCUGUUUGUGUAUUACUCAGACUCUCUGGGUUCUCUAUGUCUGCAUUUUGAUCAUUUAUCUCUCUUUCUCUGUGUGUGCCUGUCUGUAUGUGUGUGUGUGUGUGUGUGUGUGUGUGUGUGUGUGUGUGUGUGUGUGUGUGUGUGUGUGUGUGUGUGUAGCUGUUGGAAUUGUUUGACAGUGAAGAUCCGAGGGAGAGAGAGUACCUCAAGACCAUCCUGCAUCGUGUCUACGGCAAACUGCUCGGCCUGCGG